AAGGGGGCGGUAAUAGGACAGGGUAGGUUGUGGCGGUUCCCCAGGUUGUACGUGGAGGGGGUUGAGGAGUCUGCGGCUGUCCCGACGAUGUCCUGACAAGGCGCGGGAACAGCAGUGACAACGUGCAGAACCCUCCCCACCCCGCGAAGGAGGUGAAAGGAGCCGCUCAGCCCCCGAGGAAAGUCAUAGCGGCGCUGUGUUGAGGCAGGUUGCUAAGGGGUUCGUAGCCCUCAGGGGUUGGGGGAGGGGAGCAAACGACGAGCGGUUUUUCGUGCGCAUGCGUUGAAGUUGCCGCUGCCCGGGACCAUCUUGACGCGCAUGACUGAAGCCGGAGGACCCGCUGUUGCCGGUGGAGUGGCGCCUGCGCGGUGAGGAGCCCGCUUAGGACCGGACUAGCCCCGGGUCUAUAGUAUGCUGGGCUGGCGUCCUGUGACGUAGCGAGGAGUCCUUUAAAGUGCUCCUGAAAACCCUGCUCUGCAGAGCGGAACCGGAUCGCACUUAAUUGGAACCUGAUUUCUUGGCUUUCUGUUCCCCAGGGGGCCGCUGCCAUCGGGGCUGUGGGAUGAGGCGGCAGAAGAGCUCCGCAGGACCCGGUGAUGCGUUCCUCCCUUCGACUGGAGACCUUUGAAGCGAUCCCGGGAGGAGGCCCCGCCGCUUCUGCAUGACACAGUCAGGCUGCUGCGGCUGAGGCCUCCCGGAGCCCCUCGAAGAGCCAGGCUUCCCGCUGGACGCUCGCUCCUUCCUCCCUGCCCUUCAACCGAAGAAGGAAAAAGAAGGGGAGCGCGCCCGGGCGACUGGGCUCCACUCCUGGCUUCGGCUUCGAUCCUCGGGUCUCGUCCCCCCCCCCCCCCCAUUGCACGAGAAGAGCUUUCUGGAGGAAGGGGGUCAGAGGCACUGACUGCCGGGACUUUCACGUACCGCUCUGACCUUUCCCCCGAAGGUCUACGGGCCGGAACCCGAGGGAAAGGGGAGGAGAGCCCCCCGUGAAGCCCCGAAGGAUGGAGGACUGAAGGACCCCCGCCCCUCGGCCCCUCCUCAGCCUACCUGGCUCCCGUCUCCUGAGGAAGAGAGAUCCGCCUGUGCGGGGCCGCGGGCACGCCGUCUUCUCAGAAGGAACAUUCGCAUCCAGCUGGUGCGGGCCAUGAAUAGCAGCAGCACUUCCCACUCUCCAGCUCUCCGAGUCGGGUAUCUAGGAGAUCAAUAGAGGAGAGGUGGGGGCGGGGUGGGAAGCGGCACCAUGGCUGCUGCCGGCGGCUACACCGACUUACGUGAGAAGCUCAAGUCCAUGACAUCCCGGGAUAACUACAAGCCCGGCAGCCGGGAGGCCGCCGUGGUGGCCGCGGCCGCGGCCGCCGCCGCCGCCGAGCCCUACACCAUCCCGGCCAAGCGCAAAUACCACGAAGACUCGGACUCGGAGCGCAGCGACUACGAGGAGCAGAAGGAGGAGGAGGCCCGCAAAGUGAAGAGCGGCAUCCGGCAGAUCCGCCUCUUCAGCCAGGACGAGUGUGCCAAGAUCGAGGCCCGCAUCGACGAGGUGGUGUCCCGGGCGGAGAAGGGCUUGUACAACGAGCACACGGUGGAUCGGGCCCCCCUUCGCAACAAGUACUUCUUCGGAGAGGGCUAUACCUACGGCUCGCAGUUGCAGAAGCGCGGUCCGGGGCAGGAGCGGCUCUACCCCCCGGGGGACGUGGAUGAAAUCCCGGAGUGGGUGCACCAGCUGGUGAUACAGAAGCUGGUGGAGCACCGUGUCAUCCCCGAAGGCUUUGUCAACAGCGCCGUAAUCAAUGACUACCAACCCGGAGGCUGCAUUGUCUCGCAUGUGGAUCCCAUCCACAUCUUUGAGAGACCCAUAGUGUCCGUCUCCUUCUUCAGUGACUCCGCCCUCUGCUUCGGCUGCAAGUUUCAAUUCAAGCCCAUCAGGGUCUCUGAACCUGUGCUGUUCCUGCCUGUGAGGAGAGGGAGUGUGACUGUGCUCAGUGGAUAUGCUGCUGAUGAAAUCACCCACUGCAUACGACCACAGGAUAUCAAGGAGCGUCGAGCUGUCAUCAUCCUUAGGAAGACAAGACUUGAUGCCCCACGAUUGGAAACAAAGUCCCUGGGUAACUCUGUGUUACCCCCUGGUUACGCUUCUGAACGUCUGUCAGGAAACAACAGGGACCAGAUCUUAAAACCAAAGCGGUCCCACCGAAAAGCAGAUCCAGAUGCUGCUCAUAGGCCACGGAUUUUAGAAAUGGACAAGGAAGAGAACCGGCGUUCUGUCCUCUUACCAAAACAUAGGAGGAGGAGCAGCUUCAGCUCUGAGAACUAUUGGCGAAAGUCUUAUGAGUACACAGAGGACUGCGGAGAGGAUGAUGGGAGCCCAGCCCGAAAAGUGAAGAUGAGGAGACACUGAGAAAUGAGCAAAAAGACUUAAGCUGCAGAAACCAGCCUCCCUUCUGUGAAAACUUUCUUUGGCUGUUUCUCAUAGCUUUUUUUUUUUAAGAGUUUUUUUCUUCAUUUUAGGGCUGAAGAAAGGAACUGGGACAAGAUCCGGACUUUUCUGUUGUUGUUCACUUAUUUUCCUGAAUGGAAAUGAUAUUGAGGCAUCUUAGUUGCUGGGGAGCGUUGGUUACCACCUGGUCAGUCAGAUGGGCACUUUGCCCUAACCAAGCAGAUAAAGUUCAAGCUGUGCUAGGCUGUGUUUAUUUAAAACACCAAAAAUGUUUUACUGUUUCACUGCUGAAGAUUCAAGAAAUUAGUCCUUUUGCUUUAAUUGUAAAUUUUUUUAAACGUUCUAAAUAUAUUGUUUGACCCCCUAGAGUUGAAACUUGGCCAUGGCCUCUUCAUGCUUUACCAACUUUAGAGGAGGGCUUGCUAAGCCCUAAGUCUCCUGUUGAUUCUUUUCUCUAACCUGCCAUUUGGUAACUGGAAUCUUGAAGUUUGCAAAUUGUUCUUCCUGCAACAGAUUUCCAAGUUGCUUAGGACAUCUAGCUGAUAGCUUAUGUGGCCACUGCACCAAGUUCUGUUUUCUCCCAUAUGUGCAGUUGUCAUCCUUUCUCACCCAGUUCUUGACCAUUCCCAGCAGCCCAGGAAAAAGGUGGGGGGAAGGUGGUACUGGAACAGAGCACUUCGCUUAAAUAGCAUGAUUUUGUUCAUAAGUAUCUCCUUUCAUGCAUUUGGACAUAUGUGUGAAUAUUUGGAUAAGUUAGAGUCUUCUCAUGUUUUGGUCGGUUUUAGAAAUUUUUCUAGCAAGGAGGACUGAUGUCCUUCCAAGUCUAGGGUUUGGAAUAUGGAAAAGUGUCAUGGCGUGUGGUGGGUUUUUGUCUAAAUCUUUUUUGUCUUCACCCUUUCCCUUCUUUCCUGAUGAGGACCUAGCCUGGGAAAGGUCUCCAUGUUACGUGUUCAACAUUUGGCAGUCCCCCUUAGAGAAGGUGCCUCCUUCUUUAACCCCUCCCCUUAAGACAAGGACCUCAGAGGGUAUCAGCUUUUGAAAAUUCUUUUUCUCUCUUCUUUUAGUCUUUUGAUUCUUAUAGAAAGGGGAAUUCCCACAGGUUCUCAUGGCUUAGUGUUGGCCAUGAGGGGAGAUGCAAAAAGAGUUGGCCCUGGUGGAAAUUUUUAUUUCGCCCUGGAUCAUUUCCUUUGUCAGUUUCUUGGGAGGGUUGUGAGAGUUGUGAGUAACGGGAAGAGCCUUUUAAAUACAUUUUUUUUUAAAUUAAAAAAAACUUUAGCAACUUUCAAUGAGUCAGGCCUAUUAAAACUGAAGUCUUAUUAUUUUGAACUGCUAGGAAUUCUUAGUAGAAACAGGGCUCCAUUGGCCAUAAAGAUGACUCAGGAGAAACCUGGCUCCUGCUGCUAAGACCUUAACUUUCUUUUCCCACCUGAUCCUUCUCUCUGUUCUGUCCUGUUGACUUAACUUGUCUGAGGCCUUGAAGGCUCUGGAGGUUUGGGGUCUAGUGAUAAAUUUAGAACCCUCUUUUGAAAUAUAAAUUUAAAAAAAAAAACUUCUCAUAUUUUGAUUCCUUGAAUCUGGAUUUAAGUACUAAAGCAGUUGCAGCUUUAUUUUUUUUACAGCUUUUUUCCCCAAAAAAUUAUUUGUAGUUUUGUGUGUUUGGCACUUUGCUAUGAUCUGUGUGCUCUACAAUAAAAACAAAAUCUAAUAUAUUUUGAAACAUA